AUUCAGUCGUGAUCGAGGCAUGCUGCAAGGAGGGGAAAUCUGCCGAGGCGUGCAAUCUAAUGCAUGAGAUGCUUGGGGCAGGACACACGCCUGACACACCACUGGCUGCCAAGGUGGUCGAUGUGCUGUGCCAGGACGGAAAAGCAGAGGAAGCACACCAAAUGUGGAAAUGGAUGGUGAAGAAGAACGUCCCACCAGAUAACACAAUCAUGAACACAUUGAUGUACUGGUUAUGCAAGAGUGGAAUGGUUCGGGAGGCAAGGAAGCUGUUUGAUGAGCUCGAGAAGGGGUACAAGCCAAGCCUACUGACUUAUAACUCGCUUAUUUCCGGACUGUGUGAAAAUGGGGAGCUGCAAGAGGCUGGGCAGGUGUGGGAUGACAUGGUUGAACGGAGAUACGAGCCAAAUGCCAUGACUUACGAGGCCUUUAUCAAGGGAUUUUGCAAAAUUGGGAAGCCAGAUGAAGGGGCCGCAGUAUUUACUGAGAUGGUGACCAAAGGGUGCACCCCAAGCAAGGUUCUUUACCAAGUUUUGGCCGAUAGCCUUUCUGAGCCAAUACACGACGAUAUUGUUGGCAAAAUUGUUCAAACUGCUGCCUUAAGUGGUGGGGAUUUCUUGGAUGGUGAUUCUUGGGAGAUCUUUAUCGGGAGAGUGUUAGAUACUAAGAGUGAUACUUGGAACAAGCAUCUCAAUUCAGUGCUAGAUACAUAACCAUGAGGUGUCGUGUGCAGACUCCGGUUCAAAGCCCAAAACUGACCAUUUUAUUCUGGAUAAAUUUCUCAAGUAAGUUGAUGCCUUGAUGGCACUAAUCUUCCUCUGUAACUUCUCUGAAAAAUUCUUCUACUGAAACUAAUUAACACCGUCAAUAGCACAUUGAUCUAUUGGUUGUGUAAGAAUGGAAUGGCUGUGGCGGUGAUGAGGCUGUUUGAUGAGCUCAUGGAGCUCUCCACACCAAGCUUGGGACUUACAACCCACUUAGUUUCAGAUUAUGUGAAAACAGUGAGUUACAGGAGGCUUGGAUCAUGUGAAAACUGUUCAGAUUACCGUUGCAUGAACAAGGUUAGAGAAUAUUUGAGGAACUGGAGCUGCUAAUUGUUAGCAACAAAGCUUUCUGGAUGAAUAGUGUAGAGUUAAAUGGUGUUCUUGGUUGCUGAACUCAAACCCCAUGGUUACUCUGUAUUCAGUUCUCAUUUGCCUUGUCAUUGCCUCUGCAACUCAGAUCUUCCUGGGAUAUUGUAUUUCUGCAGUGUGGAAUAGGAUCUUGUCCAUGGCUUGCCCUAUAUUGAAGUACUUUGUGAGAGAACUUCAGUGCUCCAAGUCAACAUGUAACUCAGUAUGUGCUCGUCCCCAUCGUCACUGGUGGAGACUGCUGGGCUGUGUGUCAGGGAAGGGAAAGACAACGGAGAGGAAGAUGGCGAUGAUUCUGACGACCAUUUAGAGUUAUCUCUGACAGUAUUGUUGUUGAUGAU